AUGGUGAAUGAGACAGUCACUAUGGAGCUGAAAAACGGGACGCAAGUGUCCGGAACAAUCACAGCAGUGGAUUCUUCGAUGAAUGCGCACCUGAAACAGGUGAAGGUUACUGUGAGGCACAAAAAUCCCGUCAGCAUGGCGUACCUCUCGAUACGCGGCGCAAACAUUCGAUAUGUCAUUCUCCCAGAUCAUGCGGAUCUGAAUAUCCUACUGAUCGAUGACGCCCCAAAGCAGAACCCGCCAAAGUACCCAGCAGGCAGUAAGAAAGCCAAGAAGGUGCGCUGCAAGUUCACAUGGCGUCUUUGA